AUGAGUAUGAAUAAUUUUAUGUGUAUUGCGCCCCCGGAUGUGUUUCAGGAACACCACAAUAGCGAACGCCUGAAUCGUGACGCUCCUGACAGCGCCAGCUCUUCACUUAUCACCGGUGGCCCAGUAGAGUCUGAAUUUGUUCUGUCACAAGAGCUCUUUAGGCGUAAGCUCAGGUAUCCGGACUGUAUUAUACAGGAGAUGUUCGCUAAAGAUACUGCUAAUGAACUAAUGCACACGACAUUAAGUCCACAGAUGAAGAAUUUAUAUAAGAAACACUUAGAGGUGGGACUGGAAGAAGUGACUUUGAACGUAUGUAAAUACAAAACGCAGAAUAAAAUGGAUGCUGUUAUUGAAAGCAUUUUGGGCGAGAUUGAGAAAUUCUUUUUGCUUUUCGAAAUAAUGCGGAUUGUCAAAACUUCCACAGAAUCAACCGAUGAACCUUGGCUUUAUAUUCUAGUAACGUCAUGUGUAUCAAGUGCUGCCAGUAUUAAAGGCGCGAGCUCAUUGCAGGGAGAGGGCAAUGUCACAACUCUCGACAAAUGGCUGUUGAUUCAUAUUUUCGCGCAUCAUAAAUUGCCUUCCUUCCGUGCACCUUAUGAACGUUCUUCAGGACACGAUUUCACGUAUGUGAUCCCUCGUAAGCGAAGAUUAUGGUUUGUUCUAUGUCAACAUUACUACAGUGUUGCAAUAAGUUCAAGCGCACGAAAGGUGAGAAUAUUUCUUCGGUUGUUUCCCGUGACGUCUCGGAAGAUCUGGUCGUGUCCACCAUCCACCACCGCAGACCGCAUACCUCCAAGCCAAGUCGCGCCAGCACCAGCAGCAACAGCACCGCACAGAGAGCGAAAGUUACCUUCGAACUACCGUCGGUACGACCAGCAGCUCUCCGAAGAAGUCUUCAGUGCUGGACAUGCGGGCUCAGUGUGCGCGCGCGAUACCAAUUCUUCGUCUGUGAAACGCGUGUCGUGUGAUUUGCCUCAGCAGUGUGGCACUCAGAAGGCCGACACCAUUCACUGA